CGGAAUCGCAGGGAUAUGACCGGCGCGUUCUGGCAGGGCUGUGUCCUCGAGUAGCGCUAGUAUCCUGGUUCAUGCGACUCAGCGGACAAAAUCUGCGUCACAUUCACUGGCGCUGCCUUGGCUCAUCCUGACAAAGAUCGUAUAUAUCUUCCCCCUUUUGAAAAGGCAACAACUACCCGACCUACGAGUGCUCUUUCGCUUCAAAUUACCCCUCCUCAUCCCACUUUAUACGAGCCUUUUACCUCCAGGACAGCGAAUGUCAUACGGUCCGCCUCAAGGCCAGCCUCCAUACGGAGGUUAUCCUCCGCGGGGUCCAGGCUAUGGCCAGGGUUACCCUCAACAGGGUCCACCACAACAUGGCGGCUACCCUCCACCCCAAGGAGGUUACGGUGGCCCUCCGCAACAGUUUGGAGGACCACCAGGAGGCUUUGGUGGACCUCCAGGUCAAUACCCUCCACCUCCUCAACACGCCGGCUACGGUCCUCCCCAAGGUGGCUUCCCGCCGCAGCAGCAACAAUGGGGUCCUCCACCAGCCAUGCCCUCACCAGGAUACGACCCGAGAGCGCAAGCACAAGGUGAUGCUUCACGCGAUGCUGAUGCCCUACGAGCCGCGAUGAAAGGAUUCGGUACAGACGAGAACGCGCUCAUUCGAAUCCUCGCGAAACCAGAUCCUCUACAAAUGGCGCUGCUGAAGAAUACAUACAACCAACGUCAUCGCCGCGACCUAGAAAAAGAUAUCAGAUCAGAAACCUCAAAAUACUUCCGUGAGGGAUUGGUGGCGCUUGUUCAAGGACCGCUGAUGCAUGACGUACAUUCUGUGCACGAAGCGAUUAAGGGCUUGGGAACGAAAGAAUCCGUCCUCAACGAUGUGCUGCUCGGCCGGUCGAAUGCGGAUAUGCGCGCAAUCAAGCAAGCGUAUCAAGAGACAUACAGACGCGCCCUCGAGACAGAUGUCAAGGGCGAUUUAUCGAUGAAGACCGAGAGAUUGUUCAGCAUGGUCAUGGCAGCUACAAGAAGUGAAGAGUCGGCGCCUGUGAUCCCGCACGAACUCGAGCGUGAUGUUACUGAGCUUCAUCGGGCAAUGGACGCUCGUGUUGGCACCGAUCAGGUCACGGUCUGCAGUAUCCUAUCGCAGCGCAGUGACGGCCAAAUUCGCGCGCUGGCCCAUCACUGGCAGCAGAAGUACCACAACGGUCUUGAGAAAGUGAUUGAAUCAGAGUUCUCUGGACACAUGAAGGAUGCUUUGCUCCUCAUGGUACGUCGCGCCUGCGACCGCAUCAUGUCCGAUGCGGUGCAAUUGGAAGAUGCCAUGGCCGGGUUCGGGACGAAAGAUGUUCUCCUCGUCCAACGCGUGGUGCGCGUGCACUGGGAUCGAGCGCACUUGGACCAGGUCAAACGCGCUUAUGCUCAUCGGUACAAGAAGGACCUAAUCCAGAGGGUCAAGGGCGAGAUUCAUACUGACAAGUACUAUGAGGCAUUGAUGGUUGCUUGUUUGUCAUGAGGUCCACUUUGAUGGUCAACCCACGAGGUUUUUGAUUUCUCGGAGGGGGGUGUCACAAAUUCUUUCUCUUGUUAGAAGUGAUUGCCUCGCGGCAGGUGUGGUGGCUUGGGGACCAUAGUAGUAAUGGCGGCAGACCGACUUCUUCAUGAGACGUCCAAUGCAAUAGGAUACCUCUUCAUCAUUACAUUAACUUCACAAUUCA